CGGGAGACGACGCAGGCGAUGCUGUCAUACGUCGUGGCUGGCAGUGAGGGGUUUGCACAGCUGCAUGGAGAAGGACAGCAGCAGCAGCAGGCGGAGGAGGCAAGGGUAACAGGAAAGCAUUAUGCGCAAGGCUUUUCUGGCGCCAACAAAUGCACUUCCAGCAGCAGGGGCGGAGGAGGCGAGGGUAGUUCCAGCAGUGGAUACAGCGCCCACUCAAGCGAUGUCAGUGGGGCUGGCAGUAGCUGUAGCAGCAGCAGUAGCGGCGGCAACGGCAGGAGUCGCAGCACGCCCUCAACUGCGCCUGCUGCUGCUGCUGCAGUUGGUCCUGAGGGAGCGGGAUUGUCUGCUCUGGACUAUGCGCAGGUCUUCUGGGCCCUCUCCCACCUCCGCCGCCCAACCCCAGCCCCCUCUCCUUCCGCUCAACCACCUCAUCACCAGCGGCGCAGUCCUAACCGCCCUCCGUCGCCCUCAACCUCCGCUUCCUUUGCUUCCUCCUCCUUCUCCUCCUCCUCCUCCUCC